AUGGACCAGCCAACUUUGGGAUGUAAAUUCCCGACUAUUAUAAACGCGUCGGAGUCAGAGAUUCCAUCGGCCAACAGACCUUCUCUGCUUCGUCGCGUCUCUCAAAGCGAUCCUCAUUUGGAUAUCCCACAUUUUUUAAGUGUUCAGGAUAAAGGUGUGUUCCCCUCCCUUCCUUUACCAGCUUAUCCCGGGGGUUAUUAUGAAUGUAUUUAAUCCCUUCUUUUCAGGUCUGGGCUUCCAUCCAACGCUUACUGGGCUGCUGGAGAACUCGGUCAAUUUCAAGAUUGGACAGAGCUCCGAGAAACUUGAACUCAUGGAUUCUGUUCCCAGUCUUCCACAGUAAGUUUAGUCGCGUUGCUUCUCUUCCGGUUAGACUGGCUGCAAUUCGAAUGUUCUUUUGGGCGGCCCCACUUUGUAUUUUGGAAGGUCCUCCCUCAUAAAUUACCUAAAAUGGGAGAAGUCGCAUUCCAAAAUCGCGUGUUGCGAACAUUGAGUGCAGAACAUAUGACGUCUCCCUAUUCCAGAAACACGUGAGAGAAACAGAGUUUGAAAGUAGAACGAGGCACGUAGUCGGCUGUCUUUCCCCUCUUCUCACGCCCGCUUCGGGGAUUAGGAAGGCCACAACUGGCCGUUUGAGGUCUUUCGAGAAUGAUUCUUCCGUUUUAAAAGCCAUGGUGUUCUUGUUUUGUAUUUGGGUUCUUGAUUUGAAUUCAUCGACCUCUGGUCUUACCAGUUGCUAUUAUUUACGUUUUUGUGGGAGGAGAGAGAGAAACGUGCCCCAUUUUAUUUCUUUUUUGAUUUUUAAUUUUUUCAGAGAUUUGAAGGUACCGAAGUCCAGCCUGGAUCGUAAUAAGAGCGCCUUUGAAUUAUGCUCUAGUAGCCAAGCCGAGGAAACUCCGCUUCGCAAGUCGUCCAGCGUUGCGAACUACCAAUUGGACCCUUGUAUUCGCAAAGAAACUGGCGGUUUUCUUUCUUCCUUCUCCUCGGCUCUUCAUCUCUCAGCGGGCCAGUCACAUCAACAGCAGUUGUCUAAAUCACCAGAAGAUCAAGGAGGUCUCACAAUGUCCGUCAAAUCGUCGCCGUUUUCUGGAAGUUCAUCUUCUUCUUCCACCCCAGCUCCCGCUACCUCAGAAACGGCCUCAGCUACGGAUCCGGCUUUGAAUCGCAACAAAUCCGGACUAAUGGGUGUCUUCAACCGCGGAUUUUUUGCGAAGCCGGUUAUGUGUAAUCAAGAAGAGAACUACCGUUAUAUUAUGGCGCUGGAUCGUUAA